GAUCAUAAAUCGUGUCAGAGUGUAAGAUUUGAGGUGAGGUUCAGUUUGACCAGGGCAUGGGUAACACAGAUCACAGACUCAAAAUGAUGACGCUGAUAUGGAUUACAUCAAUGUUUUGUAACAAAAUUGUAUUUGCACAGAUGAAAGACAUCAGCCAGCCGAACCCAAUGAUCUCAGCUGAUGUUGGUGAUAAUGUGACUCUGCACUGCUAUAGACUGCAAGCGGAUAAAUCCGGAUCCAUCGUUUGGUACAAGCAAAACGCCGGAGAAAAGCCUCGUGUAAUGGUUACAGUUCAACACGAUAUCAGUUACGAAGACGAGUUCAAACCACCUAAAUUCAGCAUCGAAGAAGAUCAAAGGAACGGACAUUUAAAAAUUGCGAACGUGGAAACAUCUGAUGAAGCCAUGUAUUACUGUGGAUACAGAAAAUUUUUAACACGGUUUGGAAAUGGAACGUAUUUAUCAGUCAGAGGUGAUGAAGAUGUAAAAGUCUCAGUGUUCCAGAGCAGUGUAUCAGACUCGGUUCCUGCAGGAGCAUCAGUGACUCUGCAGUGUUCGGUUCUCUCUGAGAGCAGAGCAGCAGAACUCCAAGUGCUCUGGUUCAGAGCUGCUCCAUCACAAUCCCAUCCUCAACUCAUUUACACUCAUCACAACAGCAGCCUUCAGUGUGAGAGCGAAUCUUCUAAACACACCUGUGUGUACAACUUGUCCAAGAACAUCUUCAGCCUCAAUGAUACUGGUACUUACUACUGCGCUGUGGUCCUGUGUGGGAAGAUCAUUUUCGGGAAGGGAACACGAGUACAGCGGGAGAAGUUUGAGAGAUCUGUGAAUCCUGUGGUGAUCGUCCUUGCUGUAGCUUUGGGAGUGUGUGUGCUCGUGAUCUGUGCUUUAAUUUUCCAAAUAAAAAGAAAUUAUGAAAAAUCCACAGUGAAGCUCAAGCAAGACAAAAGGCUCAAUCAGGACUGUGACCAGAAUGUGGAGCUGAAUUACGCUGCCUUACAUUUCACCAAAAAAAGAACCACAAGAGGACGUGGAAAAACACAACAAACUGAAGAUAUUAUAUAUUCUGAUGUGCGACGUCUUCCUGUGACUUAAAUUUGACCUUUACCCUGAUUCAAUGUCAUUAGUUUUGUUUUAUGGGUCCUGUUUCUUAUUUAGAUGUGUUUUGUUGAUUGUUCAGACUGAAAGCUGAAUUAUCUCAAAGUUUCACAACCACUGAGACGCUGCUUCUGACAUGAGAAAUACUGUAUAAAGCACAUCACAUUAUCACAAAUAUCAG